AGAACCAACUGAAAACCUUUUUACCUCAUUUGAAAUAGUAAAUUCAUCAAGCUGGGUAACGACAUGUCCACCUCAUCAAUGGAAAAACACCUCUUUAAUCUAAAAUUUGCGGUGAAGGAGCUGGAGCGCAACUCCAAGAAAUGCGAUAAGGAGGAGAAGAAGGAGAAGGCCAAAGCCAAGAAGGCCAUCCAAAAUGGCAAUAUGGAUGUGGCCCGCAUUCAUGCAGAGAACGCCAUACGCCAGAAGAACCAGGCCGUCAACUACUUGCGCAUGAGUGCUCGCGUCGAUGCCGUAUCCAGUCGGGUGCAGUCCGCCCUGACUACACGGAAAGUCACUGGCUCCAUGGCUGGCGUGGUCAAAGCCAUGGAUGCGGCCAUGAAGGGGAUGAAUUUGGAGAAAAUCUCAUCGCUAAUGGAAAAGUUUGAGUCACAAUUCGAGGACUUGGACGUGCAGAGCUCAGUGAUGGAGGGCACCAUGUCUGAUACGGUGACCACUUCGGUGCCCCAGGGCGAUGUCGACAAUCUGUUGCAGCAAGUGGCCGACGAGGCUGGCCUUGAACUGAACAUGGAGCUGCCCAGCGGCGUGCAGAGCCAGACUAUUGGCGCCUCUACCACCCAGGUCUCGCAGGAGCAGGAUGAACUCACGCAGCGUCUGGCACGCCUAAGGCAGGCUGAAUAAAACGAGGGAGACGCACUAUAAGGAACUCCCUGCCAGCAUUCGAUGCCGUUGAAUUUUUGUUUUAGCAUUUAAGUACCGAAAUAUAUGAAUAAGAAUUAUGUAUUAGCUUUGACUCUUAAAUAUACAUAUAAAAGAA